UUUGCAGUUCUAAUUUCAACAUUAAACGGACUAAAUUCACAAUUGUCAAUAAGAUAUUUAUUGAAUAUGGCUGCAAUGUUUAUUGCAGUUAUGGAAAUAUCUAUUCAUUAUGAUGCAUUCCAUAGCAAGGGAUUAUAGUGGGUCACGGUGCUCUGUCAGAUCUGAUAUAGGGAUCAAGUCCUAUUUCACUUUAACUUGAGUAUUUAAAAAGUACACAUACCGUAAUCAGUGUAGGUGGCAGGGACUGUAUCAGGGUAUUAAUCAAUCAAAGACAAUAAGUUAUCAAGGAGACAGCUAGUGCUACUGAGUUUGAAAAAAAAUGCAUGUUUAUAUACUAGACUUGUACCAGAUAACCAUGGCAUAUGCUUACUGGAAAAGUGGAAAGAGAAAUGAAACUGCAGUCUUCGAUCUGUACUUCAGGAAAAAUCCAUUUAAAGGAGAAUUUACAAUUUUUGCUGGUUUAGAAGAAUGCAUUAAGUUUGUCAAAAGUUUCAAGUUCUCAGUCAGUGAUAUCAACUAUCUAAAGACAGUUUUACCUGAAAAUAUUGAAAAUGAAUUUUUUGAUUACCUUCAAAAUUUAACAACAAAUGAGGUGCGACUGGUUGCAAUUGACGAGGGGAUGGUUGUGUUCCCCAAGGUCCCCCUAAUCUCAAUAGAGGGCCCCCUCCCUGUGGUACAGUUAAUGGAAACACCUCUUCUAAACCUUGUUAACUAUGCCAGUUUGGUCGCCACAAAUGGAAUGAGAUUCAGACAAGCGGCAGGUCGAGACAAAACCUUACUGGAGUUUGGACUCAGAAGAGCUCAGGGUCCUGAUGGGGCCUUAUCUGCCUCCAGAUACUGCUACCUUGGCGGGUUUGAUGGGACCAGCAAUGUGUUGGCAGGGAAGAUGUACAACAUUCCAGUCAGAGGAACACACGCCCACGCUUUUGUCAAUUCCUACUCUUCUCUUUCAGAAGUUCAAGAAAAGGAACUGCUGAAUAAGAAAACUAACCAGGUACUCAAAUUCACAGCAGUUUGUGUAAAAUGGAGGAAGGACUUAGCCCCAGUAUUGGAUUUUCUGGAUGACCAGGCUUCUGAGGGGGAAUUGGCUGCCUUUAUAGCGUACGCUCACGCUUUCCCCGAUGGCUUCCUGGCUCUUAUUGACACAUACGAUGUCAUCAGGUCAGGGCUCCCUAACUUCUGUACUGUAGCCAUGGCUCUCAGUGACUUUGGAUAUGAACCUAGGGGAAUUCGUCUGGACAGUGGAGACUUGGCGUACCUGUCUCAGGUAGUCAGAGAGAGCUUCAAGAAGGUAGCAGAUAAGUUUGGAGUUCCAUGGUUUGCUAAAUUAAACAUUGUGGCCAGUAAUGACAUCAAUGAAGAUACAAUACAUUCUCUUAAUCAGCAGGGCCAUGAAAUUGACAGCUUUGGGGUCGGUACUCAUUUAGUCACAUGCCAAAAACAGCCAGCACUAGGGGGUGUGUACAAGCUGGUUGAAAUAAAUAAAAACCCUCGAAUGAAACUGAGUGAGGAUGUAGAAAAGGUGACCAUUCCAGGCAGGAAACUUGCCUAUCGCUUGUUUGGUAUUGACGGCAAUGCUCUAGUAGAUCUUAUGAUGCAACCUUCAGAGACGGCGCCACAGCCUGGAGAACGUGUCUUAUGUCGUCAUCCUAUACAGGAAUCAAGACGAGCCUACGUAAUCCCAGCCAAAGUUGAACUGCUUCACAAGUGUUACUGGGACAAAGGAAAGGUGGUACAACCUCUUCCAACCCUAACUGAACUUCGAACCAAGGCCCUUAAAUCUCUACAAACCCUGAGAAUUGACCACAAGAGAGCACUGAAUCCUACACCAUACAAGGUGUCUGUAAGCAGUGAGCUUUACACCUUUAUGCAUGAACUCUGGCUAAAGAAUGCACCCAUUGGAGAGCUGUGUUAAAAUGGGAUGCUAAAGUCAGUCCUGUUGACCAAUGAAAAUCUUAGUUUUACAGCCAGUAUAUUGUCUUAUAACUGCCUUUUUAAGGAGACCAUUUUGUUUAUACUUAUUUUUCAGUAUUCCAGACAAUCUUAAUUACUCAAUGGACUCUGUUUUGUGUGCAAUAUGUUUUUAUUUCCUGAUGUGUUAGAACUAUCUUUCAUUUUUUGCCCUGUUUAGAAACGUAGGGCCUGUUUUGCAAAAGAACUUGCAAUUCAGACCAUAUGUAUGCCAUGAUUUUAAGUGUGUCUAACUCUGCCUAGCGAAUAUUUUAAAUAAAAAUUGCUCUCUAAAGAUUUAUUUCCAAAAAGAAAUAAAAUAUAAUAAAGAAAUUCAAAAUGCUAAAAAAAAAGGACAAUUAUUCUUAAAGGAUAUUUAAGUUAUAGGUCAAAAGUUCUUUUGAUAAGACAAGACCUAAAAUAUGAAUACAUCUCUUGUACCAAUUUAAGUAGAUUUAUACACUUUAUUUGUCCUUUCAGUGCAGUAUUAUAGAUUUUUCAGCCAUACUGUGAUUUAAAAUAUUUUUUUUUCAGAUUCAUGUUAGUGUGACCGCGGAGCUGUUUUUGAAUUUUGAAUUUUUUUUAUUCAAUAUUAUGAUACAUAUUAAAAGAACAUCAUUUUGUUACUAUGGGGUGGCACCCCAUAUUGCAUUAUGUUAUUCACAAGGUAACUCUAUCAGUAUAAAAAACAUAUCAUCCAACUGCACACAUACUUGUAUCCCCCUCUCUCCUGUGCUACUGUUUCUUACAAAGUCCGUGUUACUACCUCUUUUGUUUGUACGAGAAAAUUACAUUAUCCUCUCAUAGAAACAUGUACACAUAAACUGCCCCUCCUCCAUGUAUUCUUAUUUCCACAGGGUGCUCACCCUGAAAAUCUCAUGUUUUUGUUUUAUCUGAGUCAUUGUGCCUGAAGACUAUACAAUCAUUAGUUGUUUUUUUCAAAAUGAUUUUAAUGAAUUUGUUAUAUUUUUAGAUAAGAUUUUAUUUGAAACAGAGAUAUUUUUAUUGAAUUGUACAUAAUAAAUCAAUUGUGUGAGACAAAUGUUAACAUUUCUUAGAGCCAUACUACAUGUGCAUAAAAAAUUUGAAUUUGUCAUUAAUACAUUUACUAGUACACUCUAUACUAAGAUUUUUUUAAAUGAAUGUUCAGACUCUUGAAGCAGUUAUUCCUUAACUAACAGAAUUUUCACUUCUAGGACAAGGACUAGUCAAAAAGCUUUAGUCUUUCAAAAUGCACCUUUUAAUCUUAAUUCCUGAACUUUUUAUUUGAAGGUUGACUUUAUUAACAUACAUUAUCAUUUUUUCUCAUUUUGAUACAUUAUACAAUGUUGCCAGUAAUACUAUUUACUAUGAAAUAUUUUAAAAACUUGUAUUCUCAUUCAGUCUUAUUCCAAAUAUUGUUUUUAAAUAAUGACUGGAACACAUGUUCACUUUAUUAAUGGUAAAAAGGGUAUGCAGUUGAACAAUAUUGCAAUGAUUGAUAUAUUUAUUCUUUUCCAUAAUUACAAACCAUUAGAGCUACAGUCUCAUCAGAGACUUUUAACAGAGUGAUUCAAUCAUGUCAGCAAAACCAUCUUGUAGCCUAUCAUCUAUGCAUUGUAUUUUUCUUUUUAAUGGUUUGUUUGUUUUAAUGAAUAGUCUGUGGAUAUACAUGUAGCAGUUACCAAACUGAGUUUCUAAUGUUGCUGGUAUAAUAGAAUGACAAAUGUAUAGGAAGUCUGAUAAAAUAUACAUGUAUCUUUAAUUUCAAGCAAUACAAAUAAAAAUCUUUCAGUUAA